AUGCAGAGUCUUUUGCUUCUCCUAGCACCCGCUUUCUUUGCUGCGACACUGUAUAUGGAGCUCGGCAAGAUUGCGCUGGCACUUCAAGCAGGAGAUCGAUGUUUAAUCAAGCCGAGAUGGCUGACCAGGACGUUUGUGGCUGGGGAUGUGCUGUCUUUCUUUAUCAUAGCUGGGGGCGGAGGCAUCAUGGCUCAGGGAGGCAAGUCAAUGCUUGGUGCCAAUAUCAUUGUCGGCGGUCUGCUCCUUCAGGUCAUCUUCUUCGCGAUCUUUAUCGUGGUGGCUAUAAGUUUCGACCGCGGAAUGCGUAAGCGCCUGACCGAGCAAUCUUCGAAAGCUGAAGUGAACUGGAGGAAGCGUCUUCGGGUGCUAUAUGUGGCGAAUACUCUGAUCAUGCUCCGGAAUGUGGUACGCGCGGUGGAGUAUGCGCAGGGCAAUGAGGGGUAUUUGCUACGCCACGAGCUCUCCGGUGGGACGCGAAAUUCAAAAUCCAUGCUUCAAGUAUGCCACAUUCGCGGCACCCCGAUCCUGCGCCAUCUCGCCUCCCGCCCAAGAGCUUACAGCUCUUCUUCGACCUUUACUGGCGGUGACCUCGAAGAGCUGACACGGCCAGAUUCAAAAUCUGUUCGCAGUCAAGAUGUAAAACCUACCAGCAAUGGCACUUCCAAGCCGCGACUGCCACCCACAAGACGGAAACCCCAAUCAGCCAGCAAGAAGCCUAAACUGCCGCCCUUCAGAACAGUCAGCAUUGGAAACCGCGAAUCUACCAGCGAUGUCACUCAAAGACCUCCUAUAAGAUCUACUCACCGUCCAGACCCUAUAACCCUCUGGCCCGUCAUCCCUAUACGCUCUAAAAUCUUAGAAGGCUCCAACGUCUGGGCUUGGUGGUUUCACGGAUUGAAGACGUACAAAGAUGCAAAGGAAGCUUGCGCAGUAUUUUGGGUCUCGGGGGAUGAUGAGGUGAGUAGAUUGAAAGAUGCAGGAGUAGACUUCAGGAUAGUCAAUCGGGUCGUGGACUUCAACGACAUUGCUGCUCGUAUGAAGAAGCUUGGAAUUGAGCUGCCCCACACGAAGAUUCUAUUCGCGCUCGCUAUUUCGGCGAGAGAACCGACUGCUUUGAAGCAGUACCUCAGACAAGAGAUGGCUUUAUACGGAUCAAAGACCGGAGCGCUCAGGUCGUAUAAAGAUUGGGUUCUACACAAGAUCUUCGAUACCUGGUUGGACUUGACGCCGGAAACAAUCAAUGGCGUUCAUGAAGCAAGGCGAACGGCUCAAUUUUACACCUGUUUAACCGGCCGGGGCAUCAAGAACACGCAAAUAGACGACGAUCAAAGAGAGCAGAGCCUGUUCCAUAUGAUUGGCCAGACAAUGUAUGGAUCAGAAAUAGAGCGAAAAUACAUCAGGCUAGUAGGUCGGAUUGCUGGUCCGAGUGCUGUCCUUUGGGAGUGGUUCCAUUGGGACCGAUUCAAGGAUAAAGAGACUGCAGAAGGCACUCGAAGGUUCAAGCCUCGGCCUGAUUUCAUGCGAAACGAGGUCAUUCGGGUUUUGGCAAGUCUGGGAGACUCCUCAAAAGCGUGGAGGAUUGCCUACGAGCGCCAUCAGGGUCGUUAUAAUAACAUGGAGCCCUUGACUUGGGAAUAUUUGUUGCGCAGCCCGCAACAUAUCCUGAAAUGGGUACCAGAGAUGGACAAGCCAGCACUGGCACUGCUUGGGAAGAGUCUACCCGCACUGGAGAGUCAACUCGGUGUUGAAUGGGUCGGGGGUGAAGACGGAUAUCAUGUGUCUAAAGGUCACCCCUUCUGGGUAAGAGAAGAUAUGAUAGCAGAUGAACCUUGA